CUCCCAUCAUGCACCCGGGCCCCGGGUGCCGGGCUCAGCCUGAGGUCUGAAACCCCAGCCCACCCCCGGGAACCGGGAGGGGUCGGACAUGAGGAGCAGAGCGCAGGGGUACGUCUGCGCUCCUGGCCCACCGCGGAGGUCGCAGACCCACUAUCAUUUAGCAGGCCUCUCGCGCUUGUGCUUAACACCGCCACAUCAGGCCUAAUAUGGCCGCUCGUGCCGGGGAGCGGCGUGGUGCGCAGAGAGCCGGGCCGAGGUCAGAGGCCAGGGACUGCUCCCGGCAUUCCUCGUGGGCGUGGCGUAGGCUCCCCUCGCCCAUCUCCACGUCUCGCGAAAAGGAGACCCUCGGGCUUUGAGGUGAGACCCGAGGCUCCGCGGGCCUGGCCCGGUGCUGUGGCGAAGGGCGGUGUCGCUGCCGGAAGUGAGCCACAGGCCACGGGGGUAGCAAGGUAGCAUGGCCCAGGCCUUGAUUGAAGUGGAGCGAAAAUUCGUUCCUGGGCCUGACACAGAGGAUCGGCUGCAGGAGUUGGGGGCCACCCUGGAGCACCGCGUCACCUUCCGCGACAGCUACUAUGACACCCCUGAACUGAGCCUCAUGCGGGCUGACUACUGGCUGCGACAGCGCGAGGGUAGUGGAUGGGAGCUCAAAUGUCCUGGCAGGCCAGGUGUCUCGGGACCCCACACUGAGUAUGUGGAACUCAUAGUUGAGUCUGACAUUGUGGCCCAGCUCUGUGAGGUACUAGGCACUGAGGUCCUGGGGGCUGGAGGUGUGGCUGCCGUCCUGGGCCCACUGAAGCUGCAGGAAGUAGCUAGUUUUGUGACUAAGCGUGGUGCUUGGAAGCUGGUGCUAUCUGGAGCUGAGGAAGAGGAGCCUCCACUCAGAGUGGACCUGGAUACAGCCGACUUUGGCUACACAGUAGGUGAGAUAGAGGCCCUGGUGCACGAGGAGGCUGAGAUCCCAGCUGCCCUAGAGAAGAUCCACAGCCUCAGCAGCAUGCUUGGUGUGCCAGUACAGGAGAAAGCACCUGCCAAGCUGAUUGUGUACCUACAGCGCUUCCGGCCUCAGGACUAUCAGCACCUGCUAGAAGUACUCAGCCCCAGCAAGAAGCCACAGGGGACUAAAGCUCCUGACAGCAGCCUGGGCUAGGGUGUCACUUCCUCAGCAGGGAAGAGAACUCUGGGUUUAAUAGGGUUCUUUUCUGGGCUCACUGUGCCUCCUUCCCUGGCCUUCUUCCCCAGUGGCUCCUCUCUCUUCAGCUCUGCCUGUUUUCACUUUACUCUCAGUUAUCCUUCCUUGAGCCCUCCCUGGCUGCCUCCUCUCCCUCAUCCGUCAGACACAAUCUGUGGGCCGCCCCUCUCCCCUGGCCGCUAAGCAGCCUCCAUUGAUUUCCGCUCGUGUUUAUAGGAUUUCCACUUAGCCGUGAUCAGUAGUUAAGCACAGGAAAAUCCCUUGCCACCCCACCUCCCUUGGUCGAUGCCAUUGAUUCUGCCAGCAGCUCCUAAACCGCCUUACAGCUGAGUUAGAGAUGAGGGGAGGCAGCAGGGAUUUCCCUGCCUUGGGGUGUGGGGAGUAGCAGCAGGUUGGGGAAGUGGGUGGGAAUCCCUGUUAGAAAUCUGUAAGUUCUGGUUUUACUUUGCUAUUGUGCCCUACUCUGGUCCAAAUGGUAGAGUGCCUCCUUUAGAGGUUUAGAGGCAAAUUUGCUCCCCAACCUGGAGAGGGUAGAAAUGACCCUCCUUUGUUGAAAUAGGAUCAAGGGAAAACACAGACUUCCAAGAUAAAGAGACUCUUCCCUUGCUAUGAUUCAUAAACAUUUUCUAUCUCAAAUAUACCCAAAUAUGGCUUUCCCCCUCAGGCUUUAUUGGGCUUUCAUUAUUCGUGAGAGGUCCGGGGGGGCCACCCCCCAUGGAUUUUGCAGAGGCAAGUGCAGGACCAGAGCGCCAUCUGCUGGCAGCCUUCAGGUACAGGCUCCGAGUGGCUGGGACCUUGGAGAGUUUGGGACACAGGAGGAUUUCAGACUGAGUGGAGGCUGAGUUAUUGCCAUGUUUCCAUGGGCAAGUUGUUCACCUCAAAGAUCUCCUGCACCGACUGGCCAAAGUGGUUGUAGGUAAGGCGCAACUUUAGCCUCAAGGGAGCCUAGGAAUAUGAGGGGAGACCAGGGUUAGCACCUGUGAUUUCUCCUAUCCCUGGCCCUUAUCACCAGGCGGUGGGGUGUGGGUGGGCGCUCCUAAGCUCACCUUGUUAGGAUUGAGGAUUCUGAGCAGCUGGGUCACUGGAAGGCCACUGUGAGCUGGAACUGUGUCCCCACUAGGAGCCUGUAGCUGCAGCUGGAAACUCUGAACACAGGAGGUUGGGCAGAACACAGUAAGGCAGCUAGCUGGGCUCAGGCAACCCCUCCACACCCAACAGUUUCAAACCUUCUUCCCAUAACUCCCCAAGUGCUUGUCUCAUUUUCCCCCCCACCCACUUCCUCUGCUUGGCCUUUUCUCCUGGAGUGCCCAGGCCACUUUGAAUCCUGGUCUUCUACAAACCUUGGGCACAGCAGCUUGGCAGAUGAAAUGGAUGACAUCAGCCUCUGAGGUGUUGAUAGCAGUGAUGGUGAUUAAGAGCAAAGCAGGAGUUCCAGGGGGUCGAACAAAAGACAGAUUCAGCUGUAGUCCUUCACGUUCAAACACUCUGAGAUUUGGGAUGGAAGCUGGAGUAUGGGAGAGAGAAGCAGGUCAGCGUAUGGGCAAAACUAACAAGCUUAUUCAUUCAUUCAAUAGAAAUUAAGUGAGCAUCCACUGGGUGCAGGGCAGUCCUUUAGAUGCUAGUGACAAAGUGGACAAGAAGAUGAAGUCCCUGUUUGGAGCUGAGAGUCUAGUGGGCAGAGAAAAACAGUAAAACAAUGAACAAGAAAACCACAAGAAUCACAGAUUAAUUGGUGCCAUGAAGAAAAUAUACCAUGUCAGAAUAACUGGGAGUAAUAACUUAAACAAGAGUGGCAGGAGCAGGCAAUUGACAUUUUAGCUGAGGCCUGGAGAAUGAGAAUGAGCCAGUCAUUUAAUGUGCUAGGCAAAAACAUUCUGUGUAGAAGGAGCACAAAUUGCAAAGGGCUUUGGUGAGAGGGCCCGAGGAGCUGAGAAGGGCCAGUGGAGCAGGAAAGCAUAAAAGAUGGGUUGGGAUUCGGCACCUGGGCCCCACAGGACAGGGUAAGAAGUUUAGAACAAAGGGAAGGCACUGAGGGCUAUCCAGGAGGGAACUGGCACAAGUUAAUGAACCCUCUUACCUAUCAAGAUGGAGUUGUGAUGGGGGGUUCACAGCACAGAAGAGGGCAUGGGGACCUCGGUCCUUGGUAAAGAAGGAGGAACAGCACAUUUCCACCCCUCCUUUUCUUAAGGUGUCUUCAUCUGCCCUUUGCUGAGGCUUACCUGGGGGUGGAGAUGCAGAGGGCAGGUCACAGGGCAGGUCGAGGAGGUGUACCAGAACAUCUCCUGGGGAGGGUUCCAGAGGAGGUGGGGGCUGGGCAGCCCCAGAGGUGCCAUCCAGGAGAUCUAGCAGAUCCAAGAGCUCAGAGGCCUGGGGGAAAGGGCAGAAGGAGCAGGGCUAGGUGUGAAAGCCGAACAAGUCCUCUUCCCCCUGGGGCUUCUGACCUUCUCACCUGUGGCUCUGUGGGAACAAGACUGGCUUCUGAAAGUU